GAAAAAAUGUAUUUAUUAAGCAGUUGGGAAAAAAACUAGUUUUAUUUCUGUCUUCUAUUUAGUGAAGAGAGAAGGGAAUCUUUGUUUUGACUGGCGCAUCUACAACUUACUCAGCUUAAACCCCAUUUUGGACUACUGGUUGUUCAUUUCAGCAUGGCGGAUCUUCGAGGGCACAGAUUCCUUCUUGUGGUUAUUUGCUUGACAAAGAGUCUGGGGAGUACAAAACUGUGGUCAGAACUGAAAAAAUGUGGUGACUUGGAAUGUGAAACUUUAAUAAGCAGAGUCUUAGCUACAAGAGACUACAGAGGACCUGACUGUCGGUACCUGAACUUCACGAAGGGAGAAGAGAUAUCUGUUUAUGUCAAACUUGCAGGAGGACGGGAAGACUUGUGGGCAGGAAGUAAAGGAAAGGACUUUGGGUAUUUCCCCAAAGAUGCUGUCCAGGUUGAAGAGGUGUUCAUAUCUGAGGAAGUUCAAGUAUCAACUAAAGAAUCUGACUUUCUUUGUCUUUUUGGAUUAAGCUACAUUUUUGAAAAUGAAGACAGUGAAUUAAACAGUGAUUAUGAUGAAACCAUAUUUCCAUAUGAAGAAGAUGAAGACAAUUUUCAAGAGCAUGAAAGUGACUUUCAGAUAAAAUCUGAAUUUUAUUCAACUUCUGAAAGUACUUUGUUAGAAGACCAAGUUCUAGCCACAGGGCCUCUAGAUGAUAUCGGAAGCACAAGUGAAUCAACAUUUUGGGAAGAAAUAGAAGCUGAAACAGUGGAACAUGAUCCCAUCACAGAAGAAGAACAAGAUCAGAUUCCAGAAGUGGAUCUUGUCCCGCCAUCCGCAUCUGUGCCUGACGUGAGAGGCUGGUUUGGAGCAAGAAGAGAACAAGCUGAAGGGAAGGCCAUUGAACCAAUGAUUGCACCUCUGCAAGAUAACUCAUUUCGAAGUAGGAAAAUAGCAGUGGUAGAUGAGAAGUACCUCGAAGAAUUAAAUAAUGAUGAGCCUCAAAUAGAGUAUAAGCAAGAACCUAAUACAGAAUCUGAUUCAUUGCCAAAGAAAUGGUCUGACCUAGCAUCCGAGUCUGAGGAGCACAUUCUCAAACCUCAAGCCACUGGAUGGUUUGGUGGUAGAUUUACAAGUUACUUAGGUUUUGGAGAUGACGAUACGGAGCUUGAAUUACUGUCCAAAGAAAGCAAUCCACCACUUCAAGAUGUUCCCAAUCCCCUCUCAUCUGAUGAAGAACCCACAGUGCCAUGUACAGAAACGCUAGUAGAAAAAGAAGACUCAACUACUAGUAAUAGCUCGAGUCUCAACUCAAAUUGGUUUGAUUUUGGUUUUGGUAUGCUAGGCUUUGCAUAUGCCAGUGAAGAUAAAACUAUGCCUGAUGAUAGAAACAAUGAAGGAGGCAGAAGCGAUAAACAUGAGCAUCAUCCAGUAAGCAAAUUUGGCUCUGAUAAGGAAGAAGAAACAGAACUAAUAAAAGUUAUGGAAACUGAAGAUCAAACAGACAAGAAAAGAGUCUUGAGAGAUACAGAUGAUUCUGAUACCUUACCAUAUUUUAAAAAGUUCUUAUAUAACUUUGAUAAUCCUUGGAAAUUCCAGAACAUUCCUAAGGAAACAGAAUUAUCAUAUCCCAAACUGAUACUGGAUGAAGAUAAUAUCAUUGAAAAUGAUGAAACAGAAGACUUUUCAGCCGAAAAUUACCCCACAGAUAUGCACUUUAUGAGACUCCAUGAAGAAGUACAUUCCAAAACUCCAGCUCCUAAAAACAAUGAUGAAAAAUCCGAAAUAUCAUUAGUGACUGAAGGGCAUACUCAGGUAGAAAUCAAUGGUUUUGUAGAAAAUACUCUGUCUUCACCUGACAACCCUAUGUCUUCUCAAAAUUACAUUCCUCACAAAGAAGAUGUCUUCGAGUUUCAGAAAUACUUAUUUCAAAUUGAUGUUUAUGAUUUCAUGAAUUCUGCAAUUUCACCAAUUGUAAUUCUUAAAGAAAGGGUUGUAGCAGCCUUGCCUGAUGAUAUGAAACCCAGUCCUAAUUCUGAUGGUUUUCCCUGGGAAUUGUUGAUAUGUGCAUCUAUUUUUGGAUUUUUUGCUGUUAUUCUGUUUGUGUGGAGAAGUUUUCAAUCGGUUCGAAGCCGACUUUAUAUAGGUAGAGAGAAGAAACUUGCUAUAGAACUUUCUGCUCUAAUUGAAGAAAAAUGUAAACUACUUGAAAAGUUUAGCCUACUUCAAAAAGAGUAUGACAGCUUAGAGUCAUCUGUGAAGGAUGCCAACUUUGGGAUGGAGUCAACAGAAGCACAAAAUUUGGAGUUUAUUGAAGGAUCACAAAUACCAGAGGCAGCCUAUGACAAACUGGACAGAUCUAAAUCUGAUAUUGAGGAUGAAAUAGUCUUUCUAGAAAAAGAGUUAGAAGAAGAGAAAUUGAAACAUUCUAAACAAGAUGAAUUGAUGACGGAUAGUUCAGAAAGGAUACAGUCCCUUGAAGAUGAAUCAAAAUCUCUGAAAUCACAAGUAGCUGAAGCCAAAAUGACCUUCAAAAUAUUUCAAAUGAAUGAAGAACGACUUAAGAUUGCAAUAAAGGAUGCUUUGAAUGAAAAUUCCCAACUUCAGGAAAACCAGAAAAAGCUUGUACAAGAUGCUGAUUUGUGGCAAGAACAAUUGAAUGAACUUAAUAAACAGAAAAUCGCAUUUGAAGACUCCAAAAUACAUGCAGAACAAGUUCUGAAUGAUAAAGAAAAUCAAAUAAAGUCUCUGACUGAACGUUUGCUGACGAUGAAAGACUGGGCUGCUGUGCUUGGAGACGAUGUAAUGCAUGGUGAUAACUUGGAACUGGAGACAAAGACUGAAUCAGAAAAUGGUGCCCAUUUAGAUGAUCAGCCAAGAGGAGCUUUGAAGAAACUGAUCCAUGCUGCUAAGUUAAAUGCUUCUUUAAAAACCCUAGAAGGAGAAAGGAACCAAAUUUAUACUCAACUCUCUGAAGUAGAUAAAACAAAGGAGGAGCUUACAGGCUAUAACCGUUUAUUUUAUGGCAUUAUUAAAAGGAAUAAACUAAUUUUUGUUUUAAGAAAAUUAACAGUAGAGGAAAAUCACCGGUUGGAGAAACAAGAGAAACUUUCCAAAGCAGACGAAAAGCUCAGUUAUGCGGCCGAGGAACUGGAGACCUACAGAAAGCGAGCCAAAGACCUUGAAGAAGAAUUGGAGAGAACCGUUCUUUCUUAUCAAGGGCAGAUUAUUUCUCAUGAGAAAAAAGCACAUGAUAAUUGGUUGGCAGCUCGGACGGCUGAAAGGAACUUGAAUGAUUUAAGAAAAGAAAAUGCUAACAACAGACAAAAAUUAACUGAAGCAGAAUUUAAAUAUGAACUUUUAGAAAAAGAUCUUUAUGCACUUGAUGUUACAAAUACAACGUUUGGCAGAGAGCAUUCCCCAUAUGGUCCCUCACCGUUGGGUCGACCUUCAUCUGAAACGAGAGCUUUUCUCUCCCCUCCAACUUUGUUGGAGGGUCCACUCAGGCUUUCACCUUUGCUUCCAGGGGGAGGAGGAAGAGGCUCAAGAGGCCCAGGGGGUCUUUUGGAGCAGCAGAUCACCAAUGAAAGAGGAGACACCAACUACGAUAGGUUACUUGAUCCUCAUAGAGCCCCUUCUGACACUGGCUCCUUGUCGCCUCCGUGGGAACAGGAUCGGAGGAUGAUGAUCCCUCCAUCAGGCCAACCAUAUCCUGAUCCAGCUCUUCCUCCACAAAGGCAAGACAGAUUUUAUUCUAAUUCUGGUAGACUCUCUGGACCAGCAGAGCUCAGAGGUUUUAAUAUGCCUUCUUUGGAUAAAGCAGAUGGGCCAGUAUCUUCAGAAAUGGAAUCUAGUAAAAAUGAUCCCAAAGAUGAUCUCAGUGUAAGUAUUGAAAGUUCAGUUUUACCCAUGUAUUUGAGAAAUGUCUAUUCACCGAGGGGUUUUCCUCCCUAUCUCCCAAGACCUGGGUUUUACCCCCGAUCCCCACAUCCUGAAAGUAGAAGUGAAUUCCCUUCAGGGCCGAUUCCACCUUCAAAUGAGCCUACUACUGAACAUCCAGAUCCACCACAAGAAACUUGACAAUGUGUUCAGUCUCUUCUUCAAAAGUAAUUUUGACUUAUCUCUCCUUUUCAGUUUAAGUAACUACUGUUACUUAAGUGAUUAUACUUUUGCUCAAAUUGAAGCUUAAUGGAAUUAUAAUUCUCAGGAUAGUAUUUUGUAAAUAAAGAUGAUUUACAUAUGAAUCUUAUGAGUAAAUUAUUUCCAUUUUAUUUUAUUCUAGGUGGCAUACUUAUUUUAAUUUGAUUAACUACUAUCAUAUACAUAAUAGAGCUUUUUAUAUACAUAUACAUAAUCUUACAGUUUGGGGAUAUUUUAAAUUCCAAAGACUGUGUCUUUAUGCCAAGAACUCUGUUUACUACAGUUGUAGACAUAUGUGAAAAAUAAUGUUGCUUAAUUAAAUAAAUUUUAUGGUUUAAA